AUGCGUGCUUGUACUCUCGGCACUCGACCUGGUAUUGAAAGCGACGAUAGAUUUGGUCGUGAAGCUUUGACGACUGCAGCAGAGCAAUAUCAAAGUCGAGCUACCAAUAUUCUGGCACACGUCAUUGGUGCAUCUGGCUGGGAUAAUCACCACUGGACUGGGAACGGUCGAUUAGCUCCAUUGCUAAGCAUCGUGAGCUAUGUCCCGCUUUCAGACUCAUCACUCCAGACGAUAUCCCUCCUCUGA